AUGGCUAUUUCAAAGAAUUUACCAAUCUUAAAAAAUCAUUUUAGAAAACAUUGGCAAGAAAGAGUCAAAGUUCACUUUGACCAAGCUGGUAAAAAAGCUUCAAGAAGACAAUCUAGAUUACAAAAAGUUGCCAAAGUAUCACCAAAACCAGUUGACACUUUAAAACCAAUUAUUAGAUGUCCAACUAUUAAAUACAACAGAAAAUUAAGAGCUGGUAGAGGUUUCACUUUAGCUGAAUUAAAAGCUGUUGGUUUAACUCCAAAAUACGCUAGAACCAUUGGUAUUUCCGUUGAUCACAGAAGAGUUAACAGAAAUGAAGAAACUUUUGAAUUAAACGUUAAAAGAUUAAAUGAUUACAAAUCUAAAUUAGUUGUUUUCGAUAAAAAGACCACUAAAGAAGAAAUUGCUAAAUUUAACUCAACUUCCAUUUCAUCAGAAUUCCCAAUUGCCCAAUCUCCAGUUGAAUCAGCUCCAAGAAAAGUCGAAGUUGGUGAAGAAACCGCUUUUAGAACUUUAAGAUUAGCUAAAUCUGAUAAAAAAUACAAAGGUAUCAGAGCUAAAAGAGCUCAAGAAAAAGCUGAUGCCGAAGCUGAAAAGAAAAAGAAAUAA